AGCGGAAGUGGCGGUUAAGCCCGGCCCCUCCGGUAUAAACUCACCUGUCCGCGGUCAGCUGAGCCAAGCGCAGACUCACGCGACGAGCAAAUGGAGUCCAGACAGCUCUCAGCUGCAGGCUCCGAGAGCAGGAAUGAACUGGAGGAUGGGGGCGUGGCCUGUUCCGUGAUACUGUGUGACAACGAUCCAAAAGUUCCAGGUGUGAGGGAUGGAAAGAAUCACCCCUGGUCAUGUGACAGCUCUGCAUCCUCCUCUGAUAGUGAGGAUGAUGAAAAAGACAAAAAAAAGAAGAAAAAGCUGAAGAAGAAAAGAAGCAAGAAGUCCAGCUCAUCUUCCUCAUCAUCGUCCUCUUCCUCAUCAUCAUCCUCAACAUCCUCAUCCUCUUCAUCCUCAGACAGUGACAGCAGUGAGGAUGAAAAGAAGAAAAAGAAGAAAAUGAAAAUCAGCAAGACUGCAGAGCUAGGGAUUCAAGCAGAAACCGGUCUGGAGGGAAACACUGAAUUAACCCCUGCAGGAGAAACUAAAGGAGACGAAGACAAGAAAAAGAAGAAAGACAAAGAUGCAGCUGCAAUCACUUCAGACAGCGAGAAUGACAAGAAAAAGAAGAAGAAGAAAAAGAAAAAGAAACACAGAAAGAAACUGAAGAAGGACAAGAAAAGGAAGAAGAAAAAGAAGAUGAAGAAGAAGAAGGAUUCCAGCUCAUCUUCCUCCUCUGACAGUGAGGAUGACCACAAGAAGAAAAAGAAGAAGAAAAAGAAGACCAAGAAGAGGAAGAAGAAGAAGGAAUCAAGCAGUUCUUCCUCUGACAGCUCCAGUGAUGAUGAGAAGAAGAAGAAAAAGAAGAAAAAGGAAAAGAAGGAUUCAGGAGGCGACUCGGCAUCGGCUGCAGAGAAAGAGGAGAAGGAGCCUGAGCUCAAACACCAGGAUGGAAAGCUCACAGAAGACACAUCUUCAUCUGCACUUCCUGUGGCGUCUGCGGGUUUGACCGAUGUCAGGGACGACGGUCACCUGUCUGAUGAUGAGGCCGAGGGAGCAGACGACAAACAGAAAGACAAAAAGAAGAAAAUAAAGAAAAAGAAGAAGAAGGAAUCCAGUUCCUCCUCUUCAUCGGACAGUUCUUCAGACAGUGAGGAUGACAAGAAGAAGAAAAAGAAGAAAACCAAGAAAAAGAAGAAAGAUAAAGACUCCAGCUCCUCUUCAUCAUCCGACAGCAGCUCCUCAUCCUCCUCAGACAGCGACAAUGACAAGAAGAAGAAGAAGAAGAAGAAGAAGAAGAAAGUGAAGAAGGAUUCAUCUUCAUCAUCGAGUAGCUCCUCAUCUUCUUCUGACAGUGAUGAUGACAAGAAGAAGAAGAAGAAGAAGAAGAAGAAAAAGAAGAAGAAGAAGAAAGUAAAGGAUUCAUCUUCAUCUUCGUCAUCAAGUAGCUCCUCAUCUUCUUCUGACAGUGAUGAUGAGAAGAAGAAGAAGAAGAAGAAGAAGAAAAAGAAGAAGAAGAAGAAGAAGAAGAAGCAUAAGAAAAAGGAGUCCAGCUCCUCAUCCUCCUCCUCCUCCUCAGACAGCGAUGAUGACAAGAAGAAGAAGAAGAAGAAAAGUGAAAAGGACAAGAAAAAGAAGAAAGACAAGAAGGAAAAGAAGAAGAAAGACAAGAAGAGUAAAAAGGACUCAGGAAAGUCUUCUGGAUCAGAAAACAACCAUGAUGACAAGCAUAAGAAAGCCAUAUCAGAUGAUAAGGACGGAGAAAACUCCUCGGUGAAGACUGAAGGAGGGCCAGGGGGUUCGGGGUCAUUCGGCACGAGAGAUUUCAGCUGUGGCUCUCAGGUUUCUUCUUCUCUAGUUUACUCCAGCCUGCCUUCUGAAAGCCAGAGCCACACAGAGAGCAGCAGCGCCUCCCGCAGGCCUCUGUCUGCCAUCGAGAGCCUGAUGGGAUAUCCUGAGAGAAACACGCUGGAGACCGGCAGAGCCACGAGCAGCAGAUACACCUCACACUUCACAUCAUGAGAAACACUUACACACAGUGCCAUGUUCUGAGGGGUUUAGAGUGCUGCAGUGAUGACGUAUGUGUGUAAGACUCCUGCAUGAUUCUUACAUCACAUCUGUGUCCCUGGAGCACAGAAGCAGUCAUCAUUUGUAGCAAUAGACAACAAUACAUUGUAUGGGUCAAAAUUAAAUAUUUUUCUUUUAUGCUAAAAAUCAUUAGGAUAUUAAGAUCAUGUUCCAAGAAGAUAUAUUUAGUAAUUUUCUACCCUAAGUAUAUCAAAACUUAAUUUUUCAUUAGUAAUAUGCAUUGCUAAGAAGUUCAUUUGGACACCUUUACGGGUGAUUUUCUUAAUUCACCCAUAAAGUAAAGUAAAAUAGUUGUAUCUCUCAGCCUCUUAUGACUGGUUUUGUGCUCCAAUGUCACAAAUUAACAACUUAAGGCCUUAGAGGUAAAAAGCUAAACAUAGGCCAUACCCAGCUAACAAAAAUAUGAUCUAAGAGCAUUUUUCUAGCAUUCCCAUUAAGUUACAAAAACAGGAUUUCUGUCUGUUCGCGUCACGUUCAAAAUCUCUUUUAAAUGCUUAAAAGGUGUUCUUUUUUUCAAACAUUAAGUGAACAUUCCAUCUUAUCAUUUGGCAAACGUUAUGGAAAUGUUACUUUUGAAUGUUCUCUGAACAUUCCGAAACAAAUUGUUACAUUUAAAAAGAAAUAUAAGAAUGUCCAACUAAAAUUUUUCCGAAAAAAAAAAAAAAACAAUUGUGUGAAUGAUAUAGAAAUAAUGCUUAGAAUGACUUUUCCCCCCCCUGCAAUCUCCACUGUGAUCUAAACUAUUAACUAAACAUUUUAUUUUUCAUUUGGGGAGCCCUGGAAUAUAUAUUUAACCAUCUGAUACAAUCACUGAAUGGCCACAGUACCUUUUUUUGUUAUAGUGCUACGAAGAUAGACUUUAAGACGUGAAUGUUUAUGAUCAGUGUGUAUUUGUUUUAGUCUGUGGUAGAGGGAAUAGAAUACAGCAUUUAACCCACACUGUUGUCUAUUGAAUAAUUAUGUAUCUUGCCUAUUUCGGAGACUAUUAUGAUUGUGAAUGAUACUAUUAAAAAGCAUGCAAGCGAA